GCAAUUUGGCACGGCGUCGCCGCUGCUGGAUCAUCUCCCGCUGAUGAUAGGACGAUGCGAGGAGAGCUCCCGCGACGCCGAUCUCAGCGGGAUUGGCUUUGACUGAGAGCAAGUUGCGCUACGGUUUCUCCUUCUGGUGUCGACACUUUUGAUUCGCCCGAGAAAGAAGAAAAAUGGCACUGCGCUGUGGCGAUAGAAACAACACAACACGUAUCUCUGGUUCUGUGCUUCAUGCAGACCAACGUACGCUAACUUUGAUUUCUUUCUUCUUUUUGGCGAGCGAGGGUGGACGACACUUACACCACACAUGUGCCUGCGCUGAUUAUGAUACUCUUUCGCUGGAGCUGGGCGAUUCUUCCGGAGAAAACAUCUCUCGAGCUACACUCACGCACUAGAGAACUGGAAGAUCAUAUUAAAAUCAGAUCCUACGUGUUGAGCUGAGGCCGGCUACACCUGGUACUUCCCUUAUCUUGCUGGAGGGGUGGGGAUCUCUGUUGUUGUUGUUUUAGAUGACGACAAGCAAUCAGGAGAAAGCAUAAAGAAGGCGCAAGUAGCCGUUGUUUGAAGCCGAUUGCUGUAGCAGUCGCUGUAAGAGGUCUCUUUCCCUCACAGUGGUAAGUGGCUCGCCAGUUUCCCCUGGUACCACCAAAGGGAAAGGAGUGGCGAGCAAUGCCUGAGCCACAGACAGUCGUUAUCAAGGUCCGUAUGCACUGCGAAGGAUGCCGUAAGAAGGUGAAGAAGGCGCUCUCAAAAAUCCCUGGCAUUCAAGAGCUCAAGGUGGACCUUAAGGAACAGAAGGUGACAAUCAAAGGCGACGUGGAUAUCAAAAAAGUGCUGCUCAAGCUAGCAAGAACCGGGAAAAUGAACGAGGUGCUACAACCGGCCAGCGCUCCAGCCGAACCAAACAAGCCAAAAGAAUCAUCGCCGCCAGCGGCAGCAGCAGCCGCGGGAGAAACAGCAGCACAAACUCCAGCUCCAGCUCCAGCUCCAGCUCCAGCUCCAUCUCCAGCUCGAUCGAACUCAGCUCCAACUUCGCUGGCCACUUCCGAGGCCGCGACCAAAGAGGCUAUCCUGAGGGACAUCCAGAUGAAGCCGUUGGUGUGGAUCGACGCUCCAGACUUUCUGAGCGACGAGAACCCGAACGCGUGCUCGGUGAUGUGAGGUAAUAGCUAGCGGACAGGGGAGUUUUCUUUUUGUUUUGUUUGUAUGUUCCUGCUCUUUAAAUGACAAUCGUGUUUGUGUGAUAGUAUCAUCACAGAUCACCA